AUGGACCGUCUAGAGGUUAAUUUAAAAAAACCCUCCAUUAUCCCCCCGAAGAAAGUGGCCUCUGCUCCUCCAAAGCCUGGUGACUUCUGCACCUUCAAGCCACUGUUUUCAGACACUGAAGAGGAACGCCUAAUAUUGGACGCCAUCGCCUGGCCUCAAACUCCACCUUUGCCCUCUCCUCUUUUAUUGAAUCAAACGAGCGAUCCUGCUCACAGCACCUUCACCAUUCUUCCAGGGAAGGGUGGAGGUAAGAGGCAAAUAGGAGAUCAGCUGAAGGUUAUGAUACGAAUGAACGACUUCAAUGGUAACCCGAAGAAGUCUGGAGGAGACGUCUUAAUUGCACGGUUGCACAACAGGAAACUCGCUGCAGGUGUUGCCGGGCAAGUGGUGGAUCACCUUGAUGGCUCCUACUCUGCUGUGUUCACUUUACUCUGGGAAGGAAGUGCACAGGUGGAGGUGACACUUGUUCACCCAAGUGAAGCUGUCACGGCCCUGCGCAGGCUGAACAGAGAACAUCCCAACAGGGUUAUUUUCAAGAACAACUUCCGCUCAGGCUCCAUCUCUGAAACUACCACCUGCAAUGUUUGUCUACCUCAAACCAAGCAGACACAAUGCAACUUCACUGACCUCCGUACGGGUGAUCCUUGGUUCUGCUACAAGCCAAAAAAUCUGAGCUGUGAUGCCAAGAUUAACCACACGAAAAUAGGAUAUAUGCGUGUACUCACGGCAGACGAGAAGAAGCUCUUUCAAGGGAAAGUCAACAUGAAAGUCUCCAUUCGGCCUUCAGGACCUGCCAGUGUCACCGUGUUACCAAAAACGAGAGGGCAGCCCAGGCUCGAUGAAGGCAUUGAGAAGUCUGGACAUGCUGGUUAUUACUACAAAGAUGUGUGGCGAUCACUAGGUGGCACCAAAGUCCACCAAUUCGACAAUGCUUCUGCCAUCAGUCAGUGUCUGAGAGGCAAGAUGGUCCACCUGUAUGGAGACUCCACAAUCAGGCAGUGGUAUGAGUACCUCAACGUUACACUACCAGAUGCUAAAACAGUAAACUUGAACAGUCCAAUGCAAGCAGGACCUUAUAUGAUGUGGGACCAAGCAAACCAGAUUUUGAUAACAUUCCGUGUCCACAGUCUUCCUCUUCGAAUCAGCGCAUUGCCAACCAGCAAGGAGAGUUACAUUGCCAAUAACCUCGAUACGCUGGUUGGUGGUACGAACACGGUCGUAGUUUUUGGCAUCUGCGCCCACUUCAGCACUUUCCCAAUUGGACUCUAUAUCAGACGACUUCAGAGCAUCCGCAAGGCAGUGGUCCGUCUGUUGAAUAGAGAGCCAGGCACGCUGGUGGUCAUCAAGACUGGGACCCUUACAUAUCUGCACAUUUCGAAUGUGGAAGACAACAGUAACUGGUUCUCAAUUCAGGCGAACAGGUUGCUCAAGGCUAUGUUCAAAGGACUUAAUGUACAUCUGGUGGACGCCUGGGAUAUGGUCACGGCCCACAACCUGCCACACAACAUACACCCGAAACGUCCCAUCAUUAAGAAUAUGGUUGACGUUCUCUUGUCCUACGUAAGUGACAAAACAGAAGCCAGCUGUGCAUUUAACAUGGCGAAAUUGUGGUGUUUUCUAUUUUUAGUACUGCCCUUAUCAACCCCUCACUUGAUGGGGCCUUACAGCUAA